AUGGCUACAUAUACCAUCAGUGUCAUUAACGAGUCAGCUCUGAAACAACGCUUUGUGCUCUACCAGGCAUCCCCUUUUGGCGACAAUGUCGACGGUUUCGGCAAUGUCUGGAUGCAACUCACGGUGAAUGAAGGCGGCGACACACAGACCGUGAAAAUCACAGCAGAGUACUUCGCAUGCACCUUCCACACGGCAGUCAGUGAGCUCAUCCGCCAGUUCAAUGUGAAUAUCCAAGAGAUCGACUCCUCUGCCCCAGCAGGCGCCUACACAAUCCACACCCGUGAUGAUUUCGACGUUGGCGACACCAGAGUCCUCAUUGGACUUGGCAAGAAGGAUCAGCACAACAGAUCAAUUCCUGUGGCUUCGCUCAACCCCCUCCCCAACACAAGAUACAACAUGACACCCAUUCUCAAAGGAGUGAUUUCUGUAGACACCUCCUCGCAGAUUGGUGAAGCUCUUUCGUACCGGGCAAUUUCUGACUUGCCGGGCGUCAUUGACUUCUCCAGCGGCAAGGGACAGGGAAAGUUCACUGCUGUUGUGAUAUUCACCCCUAAGGGAAAGUUCGAGGUCGACUAUGUCUAA